AUGAGAAAAAGAGCAUCGGAUAUUAGAAUUCCAAAAAAUAUGCCAGUUUAUGAAAUAGAAUUAGCAAAUGUAACAGAGAAUCACCCUUUAGAAGAUGGAAUUUUUAUUAUUAUCCUUUCUGAUAAUAAGUUGUGUCUUGGCAAAGUAAUAGCUAAAUAUCAAAAAAUUGGAGAACGUCAUGCACUGUACCCAAUAUGUGUAAGAUAUGUGUAG